CUAGCUUCUCUCUCUUGAACUUUCUCGUCGUAACCCUCGCCACAGCAUAGCGCUCUGACUAAUAAGAGGAAUUAUUCCUACGGUUCUCAACCACCUCGUCAUUUAUUCUUCAACUUCUACACCGUACACAACACUAUUCCAACUGACCGCAACUCAGUUUGAACAAACUUGACUUUAUUUUGAAACCUUUUUGUUCUCUUGGCACAUACACUUCUAACCUGUCUUUACACCGACACAACUCAACAACUAGCAACUCAUCAUGACUGCGGACAACAUCACCCCGGAGGCCAUUGUCUCCCAGAACGGUUCUUCAAACGGCCAGCCCCGUACCAAGAUCUGCGUCUACUGCGGUGCUGCCCCUGGUGCCAGCCCUGCUCACAUUGAAGCCGCCCGCGCCCUGGGGAGGGCCAUGGCCGAAAACAACAUCGAUCUAGUUUAUGGAGGUGGUACCGUCGGCCUCAUGGGCGAGGUUGCCAAGACUCUCUGCUCAAUCAAUGGCCCAGAGUCUGUCCACGGCAUCAUCCCCGAGGCGCUCGUCAAGUACGAGAGGGACGGCACCUAUGGUACCGUCAACAAGCACAACCAUAUUGUCCCUGAAGAGUCCGUCUACGGCCGGACAACUGUGGUCAAGGACAUGCACACGCGAAAGAAGCUCAUGGCUGAAGAGGUCUUUGCCGGUGGCCCCGGUAGUGGCUUUGUCGGUCUGAGCGGUGGCUUCGGUACUAUGGAGGAGAUCUUUGAGACCACCACCUGGAACCAGCUUGGCAUCCAUAGCCGUGGUAUUGUGCUCCUCAACAUUGAGGGCUACUGGGACGGCAUUGUCCAGUGGAUGGACCGUGCCGCCCAGGAGGGCUUUGUCAAGCCCGCCAACAAGAAUAUUCUGGUCACCGCUGACACCCCCGAGGGCGCUAUUCAGGCCCUACGCGACUACAAGGUGUCGGACGCCAUCUACCAGCUUCAAUGGGGUAAUCAGUAGACAGGUGGGAUAGACAGGCGCCAGCGUUUUGGGAUUGGGUUUGGAUAUGGGCCAGACGGUCAGGCGUUAUGACGGGUGACUUUUACAUAUGGUGACUCUACUCCACAAUCAAGGACGGGAUAUAUAGACUGGCGCUCCCAUGAAUAGAUGAACUCAUGAC